GGUCGGCUGGGCAGCCUGGUCCGGAGCGGGGAAAUGGAGCGGUGGCAGGAGGUGGUGCAGUACUUAGGGCUGCCCAACCCCCACCACACCCAGGCGCCGCACACGCCCAUGGCCGCCCACAGUGCCUCGCCCACUCACGCUCAUGGGCAUGGACCCCCUCUCCACCACCCGCAUGCCCUCUAUCCUCCCCACGACGCCUCCACCGCCACGCCCGCGGCGCCCGUGCCCAGGGGCGUCCUCCUCAACAACGCCACGUUACCGCCGCCUAUGUCAGACCCCAUGAGUCACAACAUCACAUACACCAACAGUAUGGGAGCUUCGAGCCACUUGGUGACUACCAGCAUGAACCUGACUAACAAUUCAGACCUUGCUGGUAGUGACCAAAACCAGUACAAGAUGGAGGCCAAUACCUCACUGCCCUCCGAAAUGAUGUAUUACCAGGUACUGACCACGACCGUUUAUUACGUUGCUCUCUUAUCUGAUGAGAUUUUGAUAUACUGUAUCAAAAAGGAUCUUGUGAAUUUUGAAAUUAAUGUCUCAAUGGUUUUAUAUCUCCAACAUAAAUUUCAAUGUCUUGGACUUCUUGGAGUUGCGGAAGUCCAUCGUGCAAGAAUACUUCAUCUCAGCCGGAUCCAAGGCAGUGGCUCCCUCCAUGGUCUGGAUGCCAGGUGGAGGAUAAUGGCCUCCAUAGCCUCCGACAUCUCCAACACCUGCACUGCUGCCACCUCCCAUGCCACCAAUUAUCAUGAAAGUAUCUCUUGUCUCUGCCAAACAUGUGUUGCUUUUUCAAUGGUACUGGUGGCAUUCUGUGGGGAUCCUCAGGUCCAUAACGAUAGCUUCCUGCACUGUAGUCUCCACUCUGGUUUCGACUGCCGUUGUCUAGAGACCACCAUUUUUUCUCCUCUGGCAAUGGUUGACAGUGAUAUUCAAAGUGAUGAUGAUGUGUGGCUAAAACACUCAAAACUAUUAGUCAGAGUAACCAAUGUUACUGGUUUCAUUGGAGAACAUCCUCACACCAUGGCCUGCGUGUGUUUGCCUGUGGUCCCUGAGCCAAUUUUCUUGUCAGCUAAUCGUGACCAGCAAAUACUAGAAACAAUCUUGCGCACAUUGCCGAGGGAUCGCCUCGCGCUCCGAGCCAGAUUUCCUGCACACGACGACCGUGGCACUCUUAAUUCGCGAUGCCAUAACACUUGGGCGGGCGAUGAGACCCGUGAGAACGCAAGUGCAGCCCCGUGCUUUCCCGGAGGACAGGAAAAGCGAGCGGAUCAAAGUGAAUGGUGGUGGCGGCCACGGGGGCUGAGAAGUGCUGAGUCAUCGGCCAGUAGUAAGAGAGACGGCUCAUCGCGGGGCGCUCUUGGGGCCUGGCUGCCACCACCGCUCAGUUCUGGCACGAGAGAACGGCCGUCCGCCUGCCAGUGCCACCGCGAGCCCUCAGGUGCCCGUCCGCGCCCUCGCCGCAGACUCACCCCACGCCCUCCGUCGUUGCUCAAGGCGCCUCCUGCAGGACCGCCAGGCAGGGGACAGCGCCGUGCCCUGUGCGCGGGUGCAGAUCUGGCUUUCCCGGAGUUCUUAGAGGAAAGAUUUCAGCGUAGGGGCAAGCUAAACACAGUUUUAGUGGCGAGAGGAUGUGAGAAGCAGACAGGCAGGAUGGGCGGAAGUGAGGAUAGCCCUCCUGCUGUCUGCCAGGCUGAAGUGCGCAAAUCCUUCAGUUUUUUUACCAAAUAUGCCAAAUUAAUUCCAGAGGUAUCAGGUUCAGGAGUGGAACAUGUUCAGCACAACCACACAUACCACAUGUCUCCUGAGGGGCCAUCAGGUCUGUCACGUCCAACUUCAAGAGAUAAACAAAAAAAUCGGAAGAAUGAGCAUGACCGGGCACUCACAAGAGAUGAGAAGCGAGCCAGAGCGAUGAACCUGCCAAUCACCUGUGAUGACAUCAUCAACCUCCCCAUGGAUGAGUUCAAUGAGCGGAUCUCCAAAUACGACCUAACUGAGGCACAGCUUUCUCUUAUCCGAGACAUCCGACGUCGUGGCAAGAACAAGGUUGCUGCUCAAAAUUGUCGUAAACGGAAGCUGGAUCAGAUCCUUCACUUAGCAGAUGAAGUGAAGGCUAUUCAGAAUCGCAAAAAUGAGCUAUACAAUGAGUAUGAAUACUUGAGCUCAGAACGAACCCGUAUUAAACACAAGUUCUCACUAUUGUACCGACACAUAUUCCAGAGUCUGCGUGAUCCAGAUGGCAAUCCAUACUCUCCACAUGAAUAUUCACUGCAGCAGUCUGCUGACGGGAGUAUCUUGUUGGUCCCUCGCUCCUCCACUGCUCAAGGCAUGGACCCAACCUCCAGUAACAAGCCAAGAGGGAAGGAUGACCCCAAGCAGUGAGCUAGCCAACCAACCCUGCCAUACUGCCUCAUCAUCUAGACAAGGGUUCACUUUUAAUGGCAUGAAAACAAAUCUGAAAUCUCCAUUACUGUUAUACAUUAGAAAGACUUGGCUUGGCUUCAUACAGUGCACUUCUGCCAGAUGUGCUGCAGUGCUGCUAAACAUUGCUGUGCUCAUCAGAAUUGUUGAUAAAACUAGUUCAUGGUGCUGAUGUCUUUGUUCAGUGGCACUGAGUGUUUUGUUAUCGGUGUUCUGUCCAUCACAUACCACACAAAUUUGUUUUCUUGAUUUUCUUAAAGCUGAGUCAUAGUACAUAUACAAUAGAUGAAAUGCAGUGUAAAUGGGUUGUUUCACAAUAGUGAAUUAUGGCUGCUAAUUUAGCAUUUUAUCCAUGAAAAUGAAACGGGCCUCAGUUAAUCAAGUUUCAGCUGCAUUAUGCUCACUGCUCGUUUACCUGGGUCUGCAAAACUGAAAGAGACAUUGAUUAAACUUGCUUAUGGUAGCAAUGUUUUUAGUUAAAAAGGCUGUGAUGAUAACUCGAGAUCUCGUUUUGGUAUUAAAAUACAGGUAUUUUGAAUUUUUUUGUUUUGUCACAGCUCAAGAUACUUUUAGAGCAAAAAAGAAAAUUCCAUAGAAAUUCUUCCUUUACUUGCUUUUACAUUGAAACUGAAAGAACUUCAUAUCCUUGCUACCCAGCAAUUGGAAUCACAGUGUCAGGUCCCCCAUGUUGAGGCGGACAUAAUUUGUUUGCCUCUGUUUUACUUGCCUUGUUGGUUGGUUACCAU